AUGGAGAGCUGAUUAAAAGAGGAAUAUAGUGCUGAAAACCGUUCCAAAAUAUUCGAGGUAUCAAGAGAGUUAUAAAAUUUUUACUCUUUAUGAUUACUAUUUUAUGUAUUUUUAAGGAUCUGUGCUCAGCUUGUUAAGGUUCAUUUUAGCUCAACCGUUUGACUCGAUAAGGGCUAAAAGGGAACAGUCCAACCUACCUAUAAAUAAGGUAGUUUGCUCAAAAUUAGGGUAACAAAGAAGAGCACAAUUUCAAGGUGACAGCUACUGCAUCAACAAUAAUUUUUUCCUCUAUGUCAACUCAUUUCAAGUCUCCAAGAAUCAAGGGUGAGAUUGAUUACUUCAAGGGAGUUGUGGACAUCUCUUCAACUCUCAAGACCUUCAUCCUUCAGCCCAGCAUUAACAAACACCUUCAACAACUCUUGGUGGACAAAAAAGAAGAUUUAAAGGCUGUAGUAAAAUCGUUUCAUAUUAUUUAUUGUUUAUACCUCAGUUUAUGCUAUGUGGACUGGUUGAGACACCUGUGGUGUGCCAUUAACAUAGUCACACUGAGUAUUGUAUGUCGACAAGUUGAGACACAUGUGGUGUGUUGUCAACACAAUCACACACUCUGUUGA